AUGAGGGUUGAAGAAACACCAUGCAUAUGUCUUAAGAAAGACCCAGGCGCCUGUGACGAGAAACCCUACUUCAUGCGCAAAGACCUCAAUGAGAAAUUGGAGUCCUUUUUCCUGGAGAUGGUGGUUCAUGCCUGUGAGAGCUAUGAUGAUGACGAAUUACAACUCAGCACAUCCAUUAAGCAGUGCCUGGAUCACAAGUUUGGCCCUGAGUGGCAUGUGAUCGUGGGAGAAACUUUUGGCAGCCACUUCGAAGCUCAGCCAAAUAGCUAUGCCUACAUCAAGUACAAGGGACGUUGCUUCCUCAUGUUCCGGUGUGCUUAA